AUCCAAAAGUUCGCGGAAGACGCUUUUUGAUGGGAUGUUCAGUGUUUAAUUUUUAAUUUUCAAGUAUAUAAACUACAUAUAUAUUAAAGAUUUUUUGGUAAAAUCGUCCCUUUAAUCAUAAAGUUUUAGAACUUUUGUAAGUAUUAGUUCGACAUCUCUGAAGAAUUGGUGAUUGGACGAUGUCCAGCGAAGCAUCUGGAAGUAUAACUAUUAAAGAAGAAGCUUCCACGAGCGGUACGGCUUCCAAUAUUGCCGCCGAAACCAACGAAACAGAGGCUAAGAAAUCGGAGAUUGAAGCUGACAAGGCAGAAUCGCUGACCGAAGCCGAGGGCGGGAAGGCGGAGGAGACGACGGAGACCCAUUUGAAGCGUCUGCAGAAUCUGCGCAAGGAAUUGGGCUACCUCAGCGAAACCGACUGGAUGUACGAGAGUCUCGACAAAAAACCCGCUCAGUAG